GCACCAAAUCAAAACCGAUUCAACGUGCGUCCAACUCGUUGUGCGACCGUAGUUGUUGUGUUUCCUCGACAAGUUUUGUCUGUUUAAUCGACGAAUUUGCUGUGUCAGCUUGUCAGAGGCCGUAAAUUAGGUAGCUCGUUUUCGUCGCCACCUAUUGUGACCGAGUUUAACUGUGAAGUCGAUCUUGCGUUGUCAGAGGUCCGCAUGUUGACAUCUGUGGAUAGGCGCCUACGGGACCAACACUGUCCCCUGCUAUCGCUGUUUGUUUAAACUUUCUGGGGAAAAAAAUAGAGACUGCAAACGCUACACGGUCACUAUGCGCUGGAUCAAGUUUGACACGUCCGUCGGCGGAAUGUUCAGCCGCGAAGUGUGUCCCGAAGACAGCGAAUAUUUACUUUCACACAUUGACACCUUCAAGUGUAUGUGGCACGAACAGACUCGAAACUACUGGGUACGAAUGGUCAUAAGUCUAAGAGAAUACGUAAAAAAACACAUUUUCACAUAUGAAUCCCUGGAAAGACUCGGUGCUCCUGUAGAAAUCUUCGAGAUGUUAAUAGAAUAUGCAUAUAUAAACAUCUGCACCAAUUUUACGCAAGAUAGUUUUGGGAAAGCCAAGGACUUCCUAAUGGCCAUUAUAAGUGUUACGGCAAGCAAAGAUAUGAAGGGCCAGAUAGGAACACGACCCCUAUCAAAUGACCCGUUCUACAACAAAUUUACAAGAGAUUCUUAUAGAACAGUAUUUGGCCAACCUACUUCCACAAUCAAGAUGCAAUUACAGGUUUACAUAUCCGCCCCGCUGUACGGGCGUUUCGCCGCGGGCGUCGUGGCUAUCCUUAAGCAGUGGGUGCACACCACCGACUGCUCCCUGAAGGACUUCUAUCAAAAGUUCCACUCCAAUUCCUACUGGCCCUACCCAGAUGACUUCUGCCCUCGCAAGAUAUUCUUCAAGUUCCUCGAGGAAAGUUGUCACGGAUGGGAGAGCCCCGACUGUGAAGAAGUCGAGCAGGUCAUGAUCCAGGCGCCCGACCGCAAGACGGAAUUUGUGGACGUUGUCGCAGUCUUGCCCAGUGAUCUCAUGGAUUUCAGCGGUGCCGAUCUGGACGACAGUAGUAGCGAGCACAGUGAUGAUAGUGAUGGUGACUACGGUAUCAAGAACUGGCAUGACAUCAUGUUUGCCGUGAGCGACCACCUCAUUUUCAGUUGUCCAUUUCAUGUUGAGCAGCUAUGUGCCACUUGCAUGUUGGGUGAUGUCUCGAACAACUCGGGUGAUGAAUCCGAUUCCAUCUCUGUCAGGGGCGAUUACGAAGACUCCGAUUCUGAAGAUGCUGCAUCGGAGGACUAUAAUUUUUGGCACCAGCCUAAGGUAUUAUCCCUGUUGCACGCCGCGGAGCGAAAGUACAGGGAGAGAAUGCUGAACGACGCCUUGGAAACCCACACUGGCGAGAGCGCUGCAAAUGCUCCUGCCUCCUCGCGGAAGAACAGAAAGACGCGCAAGACUCCUCGCGUCACCCUCUCCAUCAAUGUCACGCAGGCGACGCAGCGACCGCAACCUGUCUUCAUGAAGAAUGGUGCAGUGCCGCCGCCGAAGUCGAAGUUGCAACCCGAGAUAAUCAACUUUGAGGACGACGACGAGAAGGCCAGCAAGAUUGCUGCUGCCUUAGAACGACUCAAACUAAAAAUAGAGAGCAACGGGACGCCUCCCGCUCCGCAGCAGCCCGAGAAGCCUCAAGAGGUAGCAACGUCGCAGGAGAGAGCCAAGUCUCGGCCACCGCCGAAGGCGGCACCGCCGAAGGAAGUCCAGGCUGCGGGCAAGAAGCUGUCGGCCAAUGGUGCUGCCGCUGUGUCGAAGACGACGCAGCGAAAGUGUGCCAACUGCAGCAAGAGCGAAGGCGUCAAGCUCAAAAAGUGCUCGCUGUGUGUUCAGCAGAAGAUGGACCCGGUGUAUUACUGCUCGAGAGAGUGCCAAAUGGAAGACUGGGAAGAGCAUCAAACAAUUCACACGGAUGAUAUAGACUGAGUUCUGCAAGCACCUGAAAACUUAAUAAAAAUGAAUUAUGAUGUUUG